AACCUCGCUGACGCUUAAAGAAAGGCACUUCCUGCUGAAACCGGAAUGGAAAGCGCAUAAACGGCAUUUUAAACGCUUUAACUUGUAGUUUAGCAGGUUUUUAAACAUCCGGGUAUGUUUGUGUUCACCGCUAAUGGAGUGUGACAUUAACUGAGGUUGGCUGAGACUUGUUUUCACUCUCUGUGAAGAACUGGAGCCAAGACACAGCUGGAAAUUUCCACUGUUCUGAAGUCUAAUUAAUGCAAGGAAGGACCUUCUGGUUAUCGAUGCAUCUAACAAGACCAAAGUCCUCCAAGGGGCGGAGCAGACCGGCUGUGAGCUCCUCCACCUCUCCACAUCCAGGUGCCGGUGACAGCACCCAGAGGCCACCUGUGUCUCCAGACUCUGCCGUGUACAGCAGGCCGGACAGAAACCUGCGCUCCCAGUCCCAGCCCAUCAUGUGGCAGGCCAGCCAGCUGAGCCAGGAGCAGGUGGUGCAGAUGCUGCAGCACGCCCCCGCUGCUCCACCACUGUCCCUAAACAAGUACAAGGUGCUUCCGUCUAUAGGGAGGAGGCGGUCAGAGGUGGGGCCUGGGGGCAGCCUGGACAAAGAGAUGUCCAUGCUCAGCCUGUCUGAUGAUGUCAUCCUGCAGCACAGGCACAGACACGAGGAGCCAGAUCCCUCCACAGUGAAGGACUGUGAGGUGGACCAGAGGGCCAAGCCUCCUGACCCAGGACCAGUAAUGACCACAGAAGCUGGUGCCUCUGGCAGUUUGCUCCUCGCUGUCAGAGCUCCAUGUGGCAGGAGGUUCCAGCAGCACUUUGAGCCCACAGACACUCUGCUGAUGGUGAGAGCCAGCGCAGAGCUCAGGUAUGGAGUCCAGUAUGGAGAUGCAUCCAUUGAGACCAUGGACAUGCCACGCAGGACCUUCACAGACUUGGAUAUGACGCUGGCUCAGUGUGGCAUCUUGAACAGAUCGGUGCUGUGCAUCUCUCAGAAUGAGCAGGAGUGAGCUGAGAUGAUUUCAAGUUUUAUUUUGCAGUUGAAAUCUGGCUUCAUGGCGGUAUUUAAUUUCCCCCUCUGCACCCAGAACUGUGUUUAUUAACUCGAAUGUUUGAGCUUCACUCUGCAGAAAAAUAUAUGUGCAUAAAGUUUGAUGGCAUACUGACAGAUUCUGAUUUUUUGUUCAAUCAGGGUGAAGUUACAGAGCUCCAGGAGAUUUUAGUUUGCACAAGAGAUGUUGUUAACACAGUAAAAACAAUAUAUUUAAAGACUUUGGAGGCUCCAUGAGUAGAUAUGCUUCAAAUCUGAUUUUUUAUCGACUUAAUUUGACCUUUUUUGUGCACAAAAACACACCAGACUACUUUUAUUAUUCAAAUCACUCACAUCACUAGGUCUGAAAAGGAAAUUUAAAUAUACACAAGCUUGUUUUUGUAACUUAUAUUUAAAGUUACUGAGUUAGGUCCACUUACUCAUCUAACACUCACUUUAAUGUAUACUGUAUGUAACCACCACUGACCUCUGAGGACAUUUAAAAUUACAGGUGUUUUGUUUCAGUUAAACCACAGAUUUUAAUCAAAAUAGCAGAUUACAUAGAAAUUUUGAGCUUCGAUCUGCUGUCAGUUUUGAUUUUGAGAAGAAAAUCUGAUCAAUCUGUGUGAUUAUUUUGGAUUCUGUACCAAAGCAUAAUGAGAGACGCUGCUGACAGUGUUUCUUUGUUUAUUUGAUGCCAUUUUCCAGGUCUUUUCUUUCAUGGUUGAUGUUCACAUAUGCCAAAUAAAGACAGAUGUAUAUUA